AUGUAUUCCCCCAAGGUCGGCGACAGGGUCGAGUCCCUCGACACACCAUCCAUGAUCGUAGAUCUGGAUCUCGUCGAAGCCAACGUUAAAAAGCUAAUGGACAAGCUAUUACCAACCGGUCUCGACAUCCGCCCCCAUCUGAAAACGACCAAGAGCGCGAUCCUAGCCAACAAAAUGGUCAAAGCGGGCGCGAAGGGGGGCUGUGUGGCCAAAGUAAGCGAGGCCGAAGUCAUUGCCGCAGCCGGAUUCGACGACCUGUUUAUCACCUGCGAGAUCAUCGGCCCCACGAAAGUACAACGGCUGGCGGAACUAUACCGCAAGCAUCGUAAGAUCAGGAUAGUUGUUGACAGCGAAGCUGGCGCAACGGCGAUUGACGAGGCUUUGGCGAAAGCCGGUAUUGACGAGCCAAUCUCGGUUUUGAUUGACCUCGAUGUUGGGCUUCAUCGUACUGGUGUCCUGCCGGGUGACCCAGCCAUGACUCUAGCACGGCAUGUGCAGGGUCUGACGCAAUUGAAACUGAUUGGGCUUCAUGGCUAUGAGGGUCAUUUGCAGCAUUUGCAUGAUAAAGAAGAUCGGAAGAGUCAAUGUCUGCAAUCCAUGGAGACCCUCACCAGCACUGCGGACGUGCUGCGGAAGGCGGGCUUCAACAUUGAGGUGGUUACUACAGGAGGAACUGGAACCGCUGAGUUCUGCGCCACUGUACCGGGUGUCACCGAGCUCCAGCCUGGAUCGUUUAUUUUCAUGGAUACGGAUUACCGAAAUGCCGUGGGCACAUUCUAUUCGAACAGUCUUACCAUUCUGUCGACUGUUCUGAGCAAACAAGGACCUCGGUCGGUCACAAUCGACAGUGGGUUGAAAUCUUUGACGACGGAUAGUGGAUUAGCAGAGUGCAGGGAUCCGAGAUACACUUAUGGUGUUCUUGGUGACGAACAUGGCUCACUUAUUUGGGAGGAUGGUACUCCAGCGCUUUCGGUUGGGGAUCGGGUCGAGAUGGUGCCGAGUCACAUUGACCCCACGGUAAACUUGCAUGAUUUCUAUUACGCCCAUCGAGGGGGAACCAUUGAAGAAAUCUGGCCAGUCGACUCGAGAGGCAAGGUCCAAUGA